GCGCGCCAAAAUAUACUGUGUAUAUCUAGCAGCCGCCACAGCCCCAAUACUAACCUAACCUAAUAUACCAAGUAAUUAGUGAAAACGUCAGCCGCAAAAUUCUAAUUAGUAUCACAAGCCGCUGAUAAACACGAAAUUGGAAGAUUACGUCGAAAUUCUUAAAAUAAACUUGUUUUUCGCUUCUCGUGGCAAUUCAGCAACUCGUGUUUUUCAGUAACCGCUAACUGCUGUGGGUGCACCCAGACUUGGAUCGUGGCACGUAGACAACAGUAAAAAAUUGUUUAAACAAACUAUGUCGUUGAAAAAGUCAGUAGUGUUCCUGCAGAGCAAGAAUGGCAUUGCUUGUGUUACUCAAAGAGCCAGUUCUUGGUGGUCGGGAGUCCAGAUGGGCCCCCCCGAUGUCAUCCUGGGAGUGACUGAGGCCUUCAGGCGGGAUACUAAUCCCAAAAAAAUCAACCUGGGGGUCGGAGCCUAUCGGGAUGACGAUGGUAAGCCCUAUGUGUUGCCUUGCGUUCGGAAAGCCGAAGAGAAGCUGCGGGCCAAGAAUUUGGACAAAGAAUACGCCCCGAUUGGGGGCACUGCCGAAUUUUGCAAGCGCAGCAUAGAGCUGGCACUUGGAGAAGGUUCCGAAGUGGUACAAAAUGGCCUAAAUGCCACCAUUCAGGGCAUCUCCGGCACAGGCUCAUUGCGAGUCGGGGCUGCUUUGUUAAGCAACUUUUUCCCGGCUAACAAGGUGGUUUAUUUGCCUUCUCCAUCUUGGGGAAACCAUACACCCAUUUUUAAACAUGCAGGCUUGGACGUUAAAUCUUACAGGUAUUACGAUCCGAAAACAUGCGGACUUGAUUUUGCUGGAGCUCUUGAAGACAUUUCAAAAAUCCCAGAAAAAUCAAUAAUUUUGCUGCAUGCCUGCGCUCACAAUCCAACAGGAGUGGAUCCUAGCAAGGAGCAAUGGGCCGAAUUAUCAAACCUAAUCAAGAAGAAAAAUCUAUUCCCAUUCUUUGAUAUGGCCUAUCAGGGAUUCGCCACUGGCAGCGUUGAUAAUGAUGCUUACGCCGUUCGCCUUUUUGUCAAAGAAGGGCACUUAAUCUCCUUAUGCCAGAGCUACGCCAAGAACAUGGGGCUUUAUGGUGAACGAGCCGGAGCUUUCAGCAUCAUUUCCGAUUCGAAAGACGAAGCCGAUCGCGUAAUGUCUCAAAUCAAAAUCCUGAUUAGAGCACUGUACUCAAAUCCACCCAUAAACGGUGCUAGAAUAGUCACUGAAAUUCUCAGCGACCCUCAACUUAGAUCAGAUUGGUUGAAAGAAGUUAAAGGGAUGGCAGACAGAAUAAUCUCCGUUAGAACCACACUUCGCGACAAUCUCAAGAAGGAAGGCUCGACCAGAAACUGGGAACAUAUCACUAACCAAAUUGGAAUGUUCUGUUUCACUGGAAUGAAUCCUCAACAAGUGGAAAAGCUAACGAAAGAUUUCAGUAUUUACUUGACCAAAGACGGUCGCAUCUCCAUGGCUGGAGUGACCAGCAAAAACGUAGAUUAUCUCGCUCACGCCGUUCACGAAGCGACUAAGUAAAUGGUAGUUCUUUCAUUCAUCUUCAUUGAUAUUCAAGGCAUUUUUAAUUUCUUUUUAAGACCAAAAGCAGAACGUUUGUCUGUGAAGGCCGCAAGCACUCAAAUGUAAACCUUAUACAAGGUAACACUUUAUUCUGUUAAUUGUUUCGAUUGUUUUUGUUAAUUUUUCUACAGAUUUUUGUUGAUAUUUUUAGGCCUCAAACUAAAGCCAGUUAUAAAUAGAAUAAAAUCCAUUAUUAAA